AUUAUUAUGAACACGUCGUCAACGAUAUGUAUUCUGCAAUCAAGAACGAUAUAGCUUCCUAUCACUGAUGUUCCUAUUUAGUGUUUAGUGGAUGUCGUUUGACGAUGGUAGUGUAAUAAUCACCGCGAGGUGCAAAAAUGCAAAGAAAAUAUCAUAUGAAGAUUUAUACAGUCAUACGAGUCCGAAAAUGUGGUUCUUCUACGUGUUGAGUUGGUUCUCCCUGUUUGUGCAAAUAUGUUUUGCUACGAUUUCAAUAGCUGCUGGAUUAUACUAUUUAGCCGAGUUAGUUGAGGAAUACACUGUGCUUUCAAAAAGAAUAAUCAGGGGGUUUAUACUUAUGACAUUAGCAAUACAAGUAGGAUUUUUAUUGUUUGAAAAUCUACCGUUAACAAUGGUAAUAUCUGGAAUCAUGGCCCAAGUAGCUCAUCUCUGUAUACUGAAGACAUUUCCUUACGUCUAUAUCACUUCGCCGUCAUUUAUCAUCUCGGUACUUAUGCUAGUUGUUAACCACUACUUAGCAUUCACAUACUUUGCGUCUGUGUAUCAUAGUUUUUCAGAGGUGAUGGCUUAUUUCACGCUGUGUCUCUGGCUUGUGCCAUUUACAUUAUUUGUUUCAUUAGCUGCGAAUGAAAAUGUUCUUCCAACCGUUGCUGAAAGUCGACCGCUAUUGGGAUUCAUUUUUUCAGAUGAUAAUGAUGUCGUGAGCAACUAUUUUUCAAGGAGAGGAAAGAAAUAUGGACUUCUUUCUUUUUUCAACUAUGCCAAGGAGUCAAUACUUCCCCAACGCACCAAAAAGGCUUUCUAAUAAAGCUGCUUGUGAUCUACUUAAACAAUAGACUUACAUAAUUUCAUACUGACUCAUCUCGGUGAAUAAUUCUACGCACUGAUUGUGAAGUUAUGUAUUUCAAUGUGGGUGAUAAGGUAGCAGCAACUCUCUAAUAGUUCUUAGACUUUGGAGGUUGAUUGAAGUAUAUUCAAUGACUUUUAAGUAGAUUUUAUAGUGGUAAGUACGUAGUUAUUUGCAAAAGUGAAUUUUUCAUGUACUGUGGUGAUUUGGAGCUACAUGAACUUUCAUAUUAUUGAACAAAAUGUUAUCCGUUAUGUUCGUCAAGAUCAGAACCAUAGGAGCUCAGUUUUGAAUGAUAUAUCGCAUGUGUACUCGUUUUUUUUGUUAUGUGGAUUGAAGAUCAUCCACUUCUAGAGUAGGAUCUUUAGUUCAAACAUAAUAAACCACGGAUUAGCUAAUUAAUAUACCUACAUAUUUUUUAAAAGUUUCUGCCAGAUUGAUCAAAAGCCCAUUUGAUAAAAUAACAUUAAAGGGCACAAAGAAUUGGUAGCUGAAAUCCCAUCAUCUGACACAAAACGUGAAUCAGGGAUUUAUUAUAUCUUUCAGUUACUACGAUUGUUGAUAAUGACCCUCUUAACUACUAUUUUUUUUUAAUUUAAAUUUGGUACAUCCAAUCAUAGUUUUUUGUGGACAUCUAGCAGAGGGAGAUGUUACUUUAAAAUUGGAUACAAAUAACAACACGUUGACCAAGCUUGUAUAAAUUUAUUUUUAUUUUUUGCUAGAUAAUUUUAUACCAAAUAAUUGAUAAGUGACAUUUGUUUCAGCUAGGACUUGUUUAUAAGCCCGUGAUAAUUGUGUUCAGGAAAUCCCUCUCAAUUAAUAUUAUUUAUUUGAAUUUGCGAGUCGUUUGUGUGUAUUAAUCUUAUCGAUUAUGUUUCCACACUACGAGACAUUAUUUAAUUUGUACAUGAUAGUCUACACAUUAUAAGCAAAAACCUACGUUAAAUAUAUGUACAUAGAUUGAAAAAAAAUUUCUAUUAAUAUUCACAUUUAA